AUGACCCGACCCAGCGCUGGGCUUGGGAAACCCGACGAGGGAAUCGGAAUCUCACUCCCUGUCACGAACGCUAAACUGUCGGCGGAAACCGUAGGAGCGGUCCAGGGUGUCAAUGACGAGGGAACCCUCGCAAUAGAUACAAAUUCUCAGAGCAGCGACUCUCAGAAUACCGAUGAUGGCGGUGUCGAUGAAGCGAAAUCAAACUCCGAUAGCGAGGAUGAUGAUAACGAUGACGAGGUUACGCUCAAUGUAAAAGAAGCGACUCCUUUACCUGUAGCAUCCUCGUUCUUCCCUCACAGGACGGUCUUCACUCAACUCGUAGCGACGGACAGUGCUACAUUUCCUCUUACGAAGAAGGGACAGGUGUAUGGCUGGGGGGCUUCAGGUGUCUUAGCUGGGGCAACAAUGAGCAGUACCAGCUUGGACGACGACGAGCAAGUUGCUCAUGCGAGAUCCAUCUUCUUCUUCCCGACCAAUGCGCGAUCCCUCGUGGUAUUACAGCUAUUGGAGCCGGACUGUAUCACGACAAACACCGGCGAGAACGAUGCAGUUGUAGCCUAUCCAACUCAGAUCUUAGGGAUUCGAAAUCAUCCGCAGAUCGCCGCCAUCCAAAGCGGGGAAGACCACAGAAUUGCGGUUAGUCGGCAAGGCCAGUGUUUAACCUGGGGUCGUAUUGAAAAUGACGCGCUUGGUUUCGAUCCUCAGAGUCUUCCCUCGUGGGCUACUAUCUCCGAUGCAGGCGGUAGACCGCGGAUUCCAUUAGAGCCGAAGGUCAUCCCCAGUUUAAAGAACGUGGGUUUUGCGACCGCAGGAACUGAUGAGGACGAGAUCGUGCUGUCUAUUGCUUGUUAA